CCGCAACAAAUCAUACUUCUGAAUUCUGAUUUCCCAACCAAUGCCGCCGCCAUAACCCACCCCUGAGAAAACCCGCUUCUCUUCCCUUCCACUUCUCCACUUACCAAACACACAAUGUCAACCCUACCCUGCACCACCCUAUCCCUCCCCCAUCCCCCAAACAACACCAGUUACACCACCACACCCACAACCCUCUUCAAAUCCCUCUCCUCCUCCACCAACCUCUCCCACCUCAAACAACUCCACGCCCAAAUCCUCAAAUCCCACCCCGACCCCUCCCACUCUCUCCUCUCCAGACUCCUCCUCUCCUCCCUCCCUCUCUCCCCUUCCCUGCACUACCCCCUCUCCCUCUUCCACCAACUCCCCAAUCCCCCUACCCACCUCUGCAACAAGCUCCUCCGCCACCUUUCCCGCUGCCGCCACCCCGAAAACGCCCUCUUUGUCUAUGAGAAAAUGAGGCAACAAGGCGUGUCUCUCGACCGCUUCAGCUUCCCGCCUUUGCUCAAGGCUGUGUCCAGAGUCUCGGCUCUGGCCGAGGGGGUCGAGAUUCAUGGGCUUGCCUGCAAGCUCGGGUUUGAUUCCGACCCCUUCGUGCAGACGGUUUUGGUUCGAAUGUAUGCUGCUUGUGGGAAGGUUAUGGAUGCACGGUUGGUGUUCGAUAAAAUGCCUAGCCCGGAUGUUGUUGCUUGGAAUAUUAUUAUUGAUGGGUACUGUCAGAGUGGGCAUUAUGAUAUUGCGUUCAACCUCUUUGAGGAGAUGAGGAAUUCGGAUGUGAAGCCGGAUGAGAUGAUUCUUUCUACCAUGCUUUCUGCCUGCGGCCGUGCCGGGAAGUUGAGUUAUGGGAAAGCAAUACACGAGUUCAUUGAGGAGAAUGAUAUUGUGGUCGACUCUCAUAUACUGAGUGCUCUUAUCGCCAUGUAUGCUGGAAGUGGUUCUAUGGAUUUGGCUCAGAAGUUGUUUGAGAAGACGUCGGCGAGAAAUUUUGUGGUUGCUACUGCUAUGGUCUCUGGGUAUUCGAAAGUAGGUCGGGUUGAAGAUGCACGCAAGAUUUUUGAUCAAAUUGUUCAGAAGGACUUGGUCUGUUGGAGUGCUAUGAUAUCUGGCUAUGCUGAAAGUGAUCAACCUCAAGAGGCACUUAGAUUAUUUUCUGAAAUGGAAGUUUCGGGAUUAAGGCCUGAGCCAGUCACCAUGUUGAGUGUCAUUUCAGCCUGUGCUCAUCUUGGUGCACUGGAUCAAGCUAUAUGGGUUCAUUUAUAUGUUGAUAAGAAUGGAUUCGGUGGAGCUUUAUCGAUCAACAAUGCUCUCAUUGAUAUGUAUGCGAAAUGUGGAAGCUUGGAAAGAGCAAGAGGGGUAUUUGAGAAAAUGCCAAGAAGAAAUGUGAUAUCUUGGACCACUAUGAUUAGUGCCUUUGCCAUGCAUGGCGAUGCUAGUAACGCACUCAAUUACUUCAGUCAAAUGAAAAUUGCCAAUGUAGAGCCUAAUGCGGUUACGUUUGUUGGAGUACUAUAUGCUUGUAGUCAUGCAGGGUUAGUUGAGGAGGGUCGACAGAUCUUUGCAUCAAUGGUGAAUGAAUUUAAUAUCAAUCCUAAACACAAGCACUAUGGUUGCAUGGUUGACCUCUAUGGCCGUGCAAAUCUCUUGAGAGAAGCUCUCGAGGUUAUAGAGACCAUGCCCCUGGCACCAAAUGUUGUCAUUUGGGGAUCUUUGAUGGCAGCCUGUCAGAUUCAUGGUGAGAUUGAAUUAGGAGAAUUUGCUGCAAAACAGGUUCUUGAGCUGGAACCUGAUCAUGAUGGAGCCCUCGUCUUCUUGUCCAACAUUUAUGCAAAAGAAAGAAGAUGGGAGGAUGCGGCUAUGGUGAGGAAAACAAUGAAAAAUAGUGGAAUUUCAAAGCAGAGGGGAUGCAGCAGGAUAGAACUAAAGAAUGAGGUACAUGAGUUUUUAAUGGCAGAUAGAAGUCAUGAACAAGCGGAUCAGAUCUAUGAGAAGUUAAACGAGGUAGUUAGCGAGGUGAAGCAAGUUGGCUAUAGUCCCAAUACAUGUAACGUUUUGGUUGAUAUAGAAGAGGAGGAAAAGAAGGAAUUGAUACUCUGGCAUAGUGAGAAGUUGGCUCUUUCUUUUGGUUUGAUAAGUUCAAAAAAAGAUUCUUGCAUUCGCAUUGUCAAGAAUCUCAGGAUUUGCCAAGAUUGCCAUACUUUCAUGAAGUUGGCUUCAAAGGUGUAUGACAGAGAAAUCAUUGUCAGAGAUAGGACCAGGUUUCACCAUUUCAAACACGGUUACUGUUAUUGUAAAGACUACUGGUAAAUUGUAUUCUUCAUAUGAUCAUAUCAA